GGACACCCUGACUCAGCUGCUGGGACCCUCCUUCCCCCCCAAGGGGGCAGAAUGGAGUUAGAGGAGGGUUACAAUGGAAGCUCAGCACUGGGAGCUCAAGGAGGCGUGGCUAUGUCCAUCAUUGGCGCAGAAGAUGAGGACUUUGAAAAUGACAUUGAACCUUUCCAGCACCCGGACGCUCAAACCGGCUUGUUCCAAAACCUGGAGAUCCUGAUGAAGCACCCUGCCUACUUGAUGGUCUUCAUACAACAUGUGGUGUUGCAGUUUGAUUCAAGCCCUGUGCUCUGUUACCUGCACGUGGACCUCAUCCUAAACCGCCUUGGGCCCAAGGAAUCCAAGAAGCAAUUUGUGGAUUUUUGCCACGCCUUCUUAGACAAAACUGGGCUGCUGAGAGUCCCUGUUCCAAAUGCUGUGCAGUUUGAACUGGACCGAAACAGACCUGAUCUCAUCCCGGAAGACCAACUGAAAAAAUAUUUGCAGGACAUCCAAUCUUUUCAAGCAACGGAGAUCUCCCAGCAGUUGGAGGACUUCAGGGAGAAAAGGAAAAUGGGAAUGACUCCAGGAGAGAAGGAGCUUUUUGAACUGGAAGGCUAUCGGACCAAGGACAAAGGCAUCAGAGAGGCCAAAGAGAAACAGCUGGCGGAGCAGCUGUUGGUCAAACUGGAGGAGAUGCACCUCACCAUUUCUGCCGACGAGGAAAAAAGCUCUGCCAUAUUUACCGCCAUUGUCACGUAUAUGAAGCAUCUGGGGGUUAAGACGAAGACAGCUGAUAACAAGAAGUCCAAAGCAAACUUUUUCCGCAAAAAGAUUUCAGGGACCAAGAAACCAGAGGAAGCUCUCAAACCAAAAAAAGGCUUCAGCAUUUUGGACCCAGCCCGCUGGAACCGUGGGGAUUCCCAUUGUAAGUACGCAAAACAAACUCGGGGAUUUCCCCCAGCUGAGAAGACACCAGCCGUGGACAAAAAAACCAAGCUAACAGAAGGAACUUCCGGGCGGAGCAAGGGAACCCCUUUGGCGCAGGAUCCCUCUGGUGUGUCUGUCACUGUGCAUCCCCCACCUGGAGAGAGCAAUGACGGAGAACAGGGAUUGGACAGUGCGGGUCUAGCUGAUUCAGGAGAUUCACCGGUUGCUGAGCAAUCUCUGGCUGGAGAGCAGCUCUCGCUGGAUGAAAGCGCAGAAAAUGAAAGUUUGGAGCCUGGAGGGGCCGGGGGAGGGGAACCCCCGCCGUCCUUUCUGCUUCCCCAGUCUGAGGAGUUUGAGCCGCGUGUUUCGGAACUGGAACAGGACCCGCCAAACUGGCGGGAGCUUGUCCCCCCCGACACCCUCCUCAGGCUGAAGAAAAGUGAAGUGAAGCGGCAAGAAGUGAUCAACGAACUGUUUAUCACAGAGCACGCCCACAUGCGGAUGCUCCGGGUGUUACUUGAGGUUUUCUAUCAACCGUUGUUGACCGAGGGAUACUUCACGGACAGCGAACUGGUGAACAUUUUUCCCAGUCUGGAAGAUCUUAUCGACGAACACAAACUGUUUCUGGACAACCUGAAGAAGCUGAGGGAAGAAAAUAACUUGAUUGUCUCCGAAAUUGGAAGCACUCUGCUGGCUAGAUUCGAUGGGUCUGAAGGAAACUGGUUUCAGAAGAUCUCCUCCCGGUUUUGCAGCCGCCAAUCUUUUGCAUUAGAACAGCUGAAGGCAAAGCAAAAGAAAGAAGCUCGUUUCAACCAGUUCAUUCAGGAAGCAGAAAGUAAACCUCGAUGCCGGCGAUUACAGUUGAAGGACAUCAUUCCUAUUGAGAUGCAGAGGCUAACCAAGUAUCCGCUGUUGCUCCACUCUAUUGCCAAAUGCACUGAGGAGGCCGAGGAACGUCAGAAGGUGGAAAGGGCGGCCGAGUGCUGUCGUCAGAUCCUCAACCACGUCAACCAAGAAGUGCGUGUUAUGGAGAAUUUACUGAAACUCAAAGAUUAUCAGCGGCGUUUGGACCUCUCCAACCUUAAACAAAGCACUGAUCCUCUGCUGAGUGAAUUUCGGAACACAGAUAUCAGCAAGCGCAACCUUGUGUACGAGGGACCCCUGACGUGGCGUGUUACCAAGGAUAAAUCAGUUGAUGUCCACGUCCUCUUGCUGGAUGAUAUCUUGGUUCUUCUCCAGAAGCAGGAAGAACGCCUGGUCCUCAAGUGUCACAGCCGCACAAUCACCCCAACCCCCGAUGGGAAACAAAUGCUGUCCCCCAUCAUCAAGCUCAACUCUGCCAUGACCCGCGAAGUGGCCACAGACAUCAAGGCUUUCUACGUGAUCUUCAGCUGGGAGAACGGGGCUCAGAUCUACGAACUGGUGGCUCAGACGGUGUCAGAAAGGAAGAACUGGUGCAACAUCAUUAGCGAUACUGCCGGGUCACUGAAGCUGCCCACUUCCAAUAACAAACCUCGGCUUUCGGUAACAAGCCGGACUUCACCCCAUAGUCCCAGCUACUACCCAGAGACCCUUUUGGGUGGAGCAGAAAAUGGAAGCCCCCUUAAGGAGGCACUGCAGUCAGAGGGUAAGGAGGAAAGUUGGAGGAGGGAAAAAGGAGAAGAUGGGGCAGAUAACCUGCAUUCUUACCUCGUCAAUGAAAACCACUCUGUUGGGGUUGUCAUUUCAGAAAAAUCAGCGUGGUAUGAUUUACACCAGGGGUGA